AGCGAGCGGCCUCGGCGUGCGGCGCUCCUCGCAUCUCUGCGCCGCGCUGAGCUGACCACCGCGCCGGCCGCUUCGAGCUGUCCAGCGAGCUCCCCCUGAAUGCCGGGCCCCCCGCCACCCCGCACUCCUUCGCUCGUCACCUCUCGCUACACCCAUCGCACGCCUUGCUCGUCGUCGCCGUCGAGCUCUCGCUUUCUCGCCCUCUCUCGCGCGCUCUCGCAGCGUCUCUGCCAUUUGCUGCCUCCACGCGCGCCGCAUCCGCGCCGACCGAGCCGGCCCGCGCCCCCGCCGCGGCUCAUCUUCCGCGCCGCACCGCAUUCCUCUGAUCGCCGAGCAUUUUCGCACCGCCCGCUCGUCAUCGUCCCGCUCCACCACCACCCCUCCCGUCUCUGCUCUCGCCGCUCAGCACGGCCUCUCGCCGUCUGUUUAUCGCUGGCGUCGUCGAAGGCGUCCUAUCGGUGAGUGCGGCGGCGGCGCGCGGCGGGGAAAAAGAUUUGCGGGGGCGCGGCGGCGCGCGCAGCAGCAGAAGGGCGGCGCAGGCGCAGAACAGCCGUCGCUGCGGGUG